AUAGAGGGGAAUCCAUCAUCUGUGGCCGCAGAUCGUUGAAAUGUCGGUGCGAUUGACGAUAUAUAAAAUGGAAAAAAUGAUUGUGGGAGAGAUCGUAUAUAUAUCUUGCGAAAUACUCGAUUUUUGAAUGGAUUUAUCGGAAAAUCUGGACGAAAUUGAAUUUCUGGGGAAGAUAUUCAAUUUUUUUCGGUGAAUUUGGCCAAUUUCCCGCAGAUAAAUCUCUACUGCUGCUAAUAAUCUCUCGCGAAACAUUUUGUGUUUCGGUGGAGCACCUUUUUUUCUAACUGUGGGAGAGGAAAUGAAUUCUAUACAAUUGUGACGUAUAUAGUCUACGUGAAGAAUAUUUUAAUACGGAGAACAGUUUCACUUGUGCAGAGAUUACCCAAUUCCCUGGCAAAAUUUCGUUUUUCACAAAGUCGUAAUUUUUAUUGGAAAAAAAAACCGGGGAUUGUACCGGAUGAAUGGGGCUGUUCCACAAAAAAUAGAAAUUCCGGAUGAAGCCGAUGCACAAGAUAAAGAUCUGAAGUUUAUCCAAGCUCUGCAAUAAAAUCAACAAACUUUUUUUUAUGACGAUACUCUGCGCGCUCCAGAUAAAAAUACUGUCGAACUUGUGAGAGUCCAUUUUUACACUUUUCCCAUAUUGUUCAUUCACAUUACGAUCGUCCAUGUUUACUACUCUGAAAGGAGAUUAAACUGUAUUGACUGUGUGGGAGAACUACGUCAACACCGGUGCGCCAUUGGUGAAUCGGCGUUAGAAUCUCUAUCACAAUAGCUCUUUCAACUGAAUGACCAGUUGUAAAAUUUUUCAAGAGUCGUCCUAAGUGACCUCAAAAAAUUGACGUAUUGAUGGGAAUUUAUGAGUAACAGACCGUCGAUUAUAAUUCAUAGUCUAUCUAAAUAAUUGAAAAAUUGUGCGACGAAAAAAAUCAAUGAAUCUGAUAAAUAGAAUCAAUUUAAGAAAAAAAUUUCAUAUACGCACGCAAAUAGUCAUGUGAAAAUUGGAAAAUUUCGUGUUCGACGAUUGAAUCAGAACUCGAGAACAACAAUACUUGACUUCCGCUUCCCUUCCCCGCGGGAAUGCCGACAAAACACCUUAAGCUAUUUUCUGAAUGAAAUGAUAAAAUCUCGGACAUUGUGAGUCGUUAGAGACAUGAGUAAGAAAUCAUUCUAUUCGUCAUACAAAUCCGUUAAUAUCUCACUCGUGUCCUGAUGACAUUAUAUUUCAAGUCAAACAGUUCAAUUUCCAUAACGAUGUUUUUAUAAAUAAUAUUAUGUUGAGCUUGACUAUUUAUUAUUAUUUAUUUCGACUAUCCCAAAGAGCAUUCUAUUUCCUACCACGAUUUUAUAUCCUAUAGGCGCCAUGGAAAACCAUGGAAACCACGGGAGACCAUGGAAACCCAUAUAAACCCUCUGCUGCGUCCAUCCCUCACACUAACCCUCGCACCCCUUCAAGUACUAACGAAACUAGACUCCAUUUGCGUCACAUCGGCGUCACAUUAAAGUUUGAAGAGUGACCUCCGACGUAACGAUUCCGUUUACCAAUAAUUGUUUAUUUUUUAAAGCAAUAAUUGACCACGAUCAGCUACCUCCCUCACGCUGAUCCUCCCCUAACAUCUUCUCCCAGAAUCGAUCGUUAAUUCGAGUGUUUGAAUCCCAGCGGACGCGGAUUUUUCACAACCCGAGGCACCGACCAGUGUGAGACCGUCGGUAAGGCAGUUGCCUGUGCCAGUGUGGGGUUUUCCUGUGGUUUCCCAUGCCAACUUCGGUGUUCUGUAGGCGGGCGAAUACGGUGCAGUGUAGAAUUCGCAUGCAGAGGAUUUGGUAGGGCCAAUCAGGCGAAAAAGGGGGCAGAAAGGGCCGUAAAAAAAAUCAAAGGUUUCCUCCACGAGCCAAAAUACCCCGAGGUAGAAGGUUGGAAACAAGUGAUGAGAGUCACGUUUCAGUUCGCCUUUGGUAACACAUCAGAGAAGUGCAUGCAUGCGGGGGCAUGAAAUGGUCAUGUUGAGAAAAGCGAGGGUUUAGUGAAAAUGUUGAAUACGCGAAACGUUUCGGUCCAGGGCGCACUAGGAUGGCGUUGCCGGUAGGAAGAGCAGAUGGGGCUAGGGUUGCCGGGGGUGGAAAGGGAGGAGAGGUAGAAGAGUCUCUAUUCAAUCUUGCCCGAGGCUUUCACGACAUGCUUACUUCAGUGGAAUGGACUCACCCUGACGAGUUUCCGUGUCGCCCUCGAGUCCAGUGUGUGACAUCGUAUAUGCUCCACUUCUAUCUGUCUCACAUUUUCCCUUUGUAAGGGCGAACUGUAAAAGCCAUUGGUCGUCCUUCUCACUUCUCAUUUGACCGCACCAACGAUAUUGGGCGUUAAAUUUUCCUCUUCCAUCGGGAAGAUUUACAACUGGCCCUGUCCUGAAUGCAAUUGCAUUUUCUAUUUUAGGGGAUGACAAAAAAAAAUAGGGGAAAAUGUAUGUGACUAGUCAUGUAAUCGUGUGCAGAAGAAUUAUUUCAGUUAUUUUUGGCGGAAAUUAUGGAAAACAGUGAACAGAAAACUUUGGCGAUGGGUCAGAAUAAUUUACAGUAUUUUUUGAGUGAAAAGAAGAUUGGAAAACGCGAAAAUUACUGAAUUUCUGAGAUAUUUUAUAAGAAGUGAAAAAUUCUAGUUUUCGGAGAAAAUUCAGACUGAAUUUACUGUACCGUCUGGUAAAGUGGGUUCAAUUGUCUAGCACCAGGAAUACUCCCGUGCUUGAUCAUAAAAAUCCCGGUACGGCACAAUAAAAAACUUGAUAGCGCACUGCUUUCUAGUACAUCAUAAAUUCUAUUAAAUACUUAAAAAACGGUAUAGAUUGCCGUCCAAUAUAUCACGAUAUUCAUUUCGUUUAACCUUUUUUCCUACCACAUUAGAAGCGCAAUGUGCAACUAAAGCGUUACAGACCUCAGGGAAAGAACAUAAAGAGCAUCAAUUUUAUCUGUUAACCGUUUCAUCACAGCAUCUAUUGCUACUUCACUGAAUUGAUAUUAUGAAGAACAUCAAUCUGUGGUUUCGGUGGGGAGAUAUGUCAGAGAAGAAGUUAUGGGAGACAACGGGAUGACUCAUCUGGUCACGUUAAGCCGAGGUUUGUAGUGUGGAAAGGGGACGAGGAGUACCGAAAUCAGCCGAAGAAAGAUUUAUUGGCUCCUAGAAUUCUACAGAAGCACCGGAAAUAUUCGUCAGUCACUUGAUGUUUUUUUCUGUGAUGCGAAAUAUAUUUUCUUUCCAGAUAUAUAGCCCCCUCUCCGGUCUUUACAUUUUGUUCCCAUCUCCGGCGGUGCCAUAGAAUCGACUUUUCCCCCAACGCUCCUGUAUUUGCACAGGGGUAGAGAGAAACCAUGGAAAACCCCUACCGUAUAGUCGGCGGAUAGUGCAGGGCCCGAGUGUACCAUCCCAUCACACUGACUAGAAGGACGCACUGGGUCUUCACACUCGUGCCGUCCGCGCAAUAAUUUUUUGAGCGAACGUGCGGUGUUCUCAAGCGAUCACCCAUCCAAGUACUAACCCAGUGAAAGGUUGCUUAGGCUCAGUUGUGACACGAAAUAAUUUUUCCCUAUAUUUUCUGUCAAACUUACAGCUGUAGCUGUAUUUUUUUGCAGAUGAAUAUUCACUAAAAAUGACAGAAGUUAACUUUACUUGCCGGUUAGACAAAGUAGAAAAAUUUAAGUCACAAUAUCAUAAUUUUUCCGAGAACAUUCCGAUGAAAAUUACGGAAAGAUCCAAAAAAUCGUAAUAUCUUCAAAAAAUUUCCCUCAAUCUCAUUUUACACCGGAAUAUUUUUCGAAAUUUUCUCUUCUUGUCAGUUUCCAUUGACUUCGCGACCCAGAGGCGUCGUGAUUCGGGGUUUGAGUAGACUCCGGGGUACAACGGGUUGAAAUGUCUUCAGACUUCAGAAUGUAUCAGGCCUCGAAUUUUCCACAUAAAUAGUUUGCGAAUAAAUCCAGCCGUGAGAAAUCCCCUCAUGGCCAUCAACUUAUACCCACUGCAUAUUGUAUGCCACGUCAUACACUAAAUUCGUGCGGUCGGAAGAGUUUAUCACGUGUAUACAAUGUUGGCGAAGGGAGAUAGGAAUACGAAAAGAGUAUAGAAACUGUAGUUUACCUCGUGUCGUCGGCACUGUUGCUUGUGGCGCUUAUGCCAGUGUAUGGAUAUUGUAUGUGUGACUAGUGGGGUAGCUGGGGCGAAAGGGGUGGUAUGGCUGGGGAGGGAGAGCAGCCAGGCCGUGCAAUUGAUUGCGGCUGGUGUGCCUUGCACUCUCUCGCUCUUCUCCUCUCUCACUAUCGAUCAUCCGAGAGGCGACAACGAGAGAGUCGACGGUGGCGCGAAGGAGGCCACCCCCGGGAAAAGGUUUCUCGAUUAUAAGCCAAGUCGACGGAUUGUGCUGUGCAAUCGGUCUUGUACGUGGAGAAAAAAAGCCGGAAAAUAUUACCGUUUGCGAAGGGUUAAAUGGCUUCAUUUUCGUUGACCCAGAAAAAUUUCUGUCAGCAUCAGAAUUUUUGGUGGGGGCUGUGAGAAUUUUUCUUGAAGUGUUUUCUGGUGUCAAGACCAGAAUUUUUACUGGGCACUUCGAGAAUAAUUCUCACAGAGAAAUUCUGGUAUCAUAGAGUAAAAAUCUGAACUUGGCCCCGAUGAACUCAGGUGCCAGCACCAGAAUUUUUAUUGGGGGCUAUGAGAAUUUUUCUCCAAGUAAAAAUUCUGGUGCCGUCACUAGAACCAAGUUCCGAACCUGAAUUCGGUCACGACGAAUUCGCAGGGCAUAAUCGGAAUUUUUAUUGAAGGUUAUGCAAUUUUUUGUGCAGACUACCCUGAAAAUGUGGCACGUAAAUUUGCCUGUGUCCAAGUGCCAAGUUCACGUUGAAAGCUCGUUUCAGUUGCCAGUACCGGAACUUUCAAUGUUAUGAAUUAUUUUAAGAAUUCAACAGAAGAUUCUCCCAUAGUUUUUAUUACAUUCAAUUGCAAAGGAAAUUCGCCAAAAAAUACGACCCAGUUUUCAUCGCACUAGUUAAAAUAUUUCAGACGCUGUUGCUCCAAGAUAAAUUAUGAGGCUACUAAAUUAUAGAGAAGAAUAUUAAUUAUUCGAGAGACAAUUUUCUCGAACAGUUCAUAAAUCAAAGCAACGGAAUUUUCCGUAGACGGAAAAAUUUUUUGAGAAUAAAUUGCCACCAGGGUAGACUCAAUAAAAAAAAUUCGAGAACUGGAGGUGAUAGAGAUAAGGAAAAAGAAAUACUUUCUAUUAUGAAACGGUAACAGGGCGGGAGAUCGACUUUGGGGAAUUGGAAAUGUCUCGAAGGCACAUAGUACGUGGUAUAUAGCCUCCACAAAUGAGAUAUAGGUAUAGAAUUUGUCGGGGUUAGACAGAUCAAUGCGGUACAUUUGGUAUCUAGAGGAGGCGCGCAGGAUUACCGGAAUACUCGCGGAAUGAGAAGAGGGGUUGCGCUGUAUAACAGCUAUCAUCCCUUCAGACUUAGCCGGGAAAUCUCCGAGGAGUUUGCUGCCGUUAUUUUUUAGAAAAACUAGGCUGGUCUAGGCCGUGGUCAUCGCCGGGGAGAAAUGUUGGCUGCGUUGCCGAAUUGACUUCACAGGGGCCGAGGGCGUCCCGUGAAUUUCCGACAACGUCGCAUCAUGGACACUUUUAGGAUGGCCUGUCCUGGUCGGUGCCUUUGGCCUCCCACUUCCGUUCGCCUCAACCCUGUCCAUAUGGUUUGCAUUGUAUGGAACCCUGGGAAAACCUGGGUCACCCGGCCGGCCGAUAAUGCAGGGAUUCUACUGUACGAUAUAUUCAUCUUCGAGACGGAGAAUUGGAAUGCAAAAUGCGUAAGGUAGAAUCAGUCUGGUACGAAUAUAAACGUCCACUGCACGAAAUUCCAAGUCAUUGAAAUAAUUAUCGGUUGUACAACUUAUGCAACAAUGGAAAACCGGUAGUACAGGUCUUGGCAUUGCAAAUGAGCUUCGAUGCGCCACAAAUAGCGUCCAACGACGUUUCUUUACCGUAUCAAUCCAAUUUCCAACUGAUCCCCCUGUUUACUCACCAGCGAUUCGACGAUGCCUCACCCAGGAUUGACAAAAAUUAAGAGGAUAUUGGAUUUAUCGGUCAUGUCAGUGAGGGAGUAAAACGUACUGUGUCAUUUUACUGAGGACGGAUAGCUCCUGUGAAACGCGUGAAAGAUAAAAGAUAAUCCCGGAAGACUUGAAACGAAAUAUAUCCUGCAGUUGGAUUUACCGGACACAUCUUCGUUAUCCCGUUUGCAGCUGUUUCUCCCUCUUUUGCGCUUCACCGUAUCAUCCGGAGAGCAUAUCAAGAGAUAUCGUGAGGACUGGGAUAGGGUCAGCUGUCCGGCUGGAGAAUUUCGCAUGUCCCGGGAACAUUAUUAUUUGAUACCUUCCACGGAGAUAUAUCUGUCAAUUUAUUUUGUGAGAGGAGCAACGACAUGAAUAAUAGGACUACAUACGAAGGGGCUCUAGGGGAAAUAUUUAUUGCUUGAAUUUUUUUUAAGACCCUAAAAGUUUGGUAAGUUGGCGGAAUAAUUACUCAAUUGAAUUUCCCAAUGGAUACUUUGCCGGAGGAUAUUUUGUUGCUCUGAUAUUUUUACGUGUAAUCGGUAGAAAACAUUUAUUUAUUUUUCCCCAAAGUUUAUUGGGUGGGGUAAAUUUCACUGGAUGUAAUCCACAAUUUGUUCUUUCAUAAUUAAGGGAAAUUCAAAUCUUAGUUCUAUUUCCAUUGCCGGUCCCUGGAAAUUCAAUGGCAAUCGUUAUUUCGAAGUGAUAUUCCACUGGAAUAUUCUAAUUAUAUUGCCAUCCCAUUGAAAUUGCAAUUUCCCCCAGUAAUACUUACUAUGAAUAACUUGUUUGAUUGCUGAAUCACUAAUUCCCGGUAUUGCAUUGAAGCAUGUCAUUUGAUUUAGUAUAAUUCUCUUGAAAGUCCUCUCAACUUUGAAGCUCAGCUAGGCGUGAAAUGAUUCUACAGAUAGCUAUCGUUUUCAAGACGAUGGGAGGUCCGUGGGUGGUACCAACGAUGAGUGAUAAAGUGAGAGAGGGUGGGGCAAUAUGGGCUGAGUGUAAGUGCUGCAAUAUUGAACAUUUUGAGGGGAACAAUUUUGAGGUAAUAAUUUGAUGAAGAUGAACCAGAUUAGGAAGAUCGAUAGGACCUGCUCUGAUAUUUGGAGAUAAAUAUUUUACUAGUCCAUUUUCCACGAAAUCAAUCCACAAUGUAUGAGGUUUAUUCGGCCGCUCCCGUCGGUCUGAGUCUCGGUAUUGUAUGUUCAUUUUAUUUUUUCUUCCUGAUGUAUACCCACCCUCUCGGAGCCUUUACAUUGUGUUCCUUUCUCCUGCUAUGAGGUAUGGUCGGUGCUAUGGGACCGACGUUUUCCCCAACUGUACUACAGUUACACAAGGGGCAGAUGGGAAACCAUUGAAAAACCCUACCGUACAGUCGGGCCGAUAGUGCAGGGUCCUUCCGCACGGUGUUCCCAAGCGGUCACCCAUCCAAGUACUAACUCCCCAAAAUGGUGCUUAGCAUCGAUGUCCACCGAGGCAAUACUCCACCCGUCCAACCAUUACAGUUGGGCAGGUAUUACACUUUAAACCAUUUAGACUCGUUCAACUCGUCCGUACAACUUCUUUCAUGAGAUAUUGGUAAAACUCCGGGUCGUCCUCACUAAUGCGAUUUCAAUCGCAUGCGUUUCACCAAAUUUUUCAGUUCAUUAAAGCACUUAACUCAUCCCAAACUUGGUGGGAGCUCCACUCGGAACAAUCUAUUAUUGUAGAAAUUUGGUAUUGCGCCAAGGCAACGCUGCAAAUUCCAUCCAACCACUCGAUGUGAAUGAGCAGUCGCUGAUGACAUGACUAGUCAUAUCCGAUGGUAUAGAGCACGUUCUAAAGAGGAUGGAUGAAAAGUACCGGGAAGAAGCGGAAGAGGGGCUCGAGAGAGGUGAGACGACCUCGGACUACGGCCAAAGACGAGAGCGGAUAUCGUAUCGAUUGACACUCACCAAAUCAUCUACUCUCAUGCCUUUCAUCACCCGAGACCUUGACUGAAAAACGCUUGUCAACGCUUUUUGAAGGUUUCGAAGGUUAGCCUUUCAGAAGGUCGACAUUGAGACUGUUCAAGACUCUGUGAGGAACUUCAGCAAAUAUUGGGUCUGGAGAUUUUGCUGAGACGAUUACUCGAAAAGAGAGAAAUAGUGGAAAAUUCAGCAUGACGGGCCUCGUAUUACGGAGAAUAAACUGUUAAUCAAAAAUGUUUUCGGCGAAAGAAGAUAUUUUGGGUUUAGGAAGAAGUCAUCAGGGGGAAGUUGGUUCCCCUCAGACACUUGGCACUUUCGAAGGAAAAUAGUUGUUUUCUGACUUUGUUUAUCUUCACUCGGAAGAGACAACACAGACAGCCGAUUUUAUCAGCUGAGUUCAGCCCCCGACGUUAUAUUUGAGUUAUAAAAACACAGUUGGGUUACAUCCGAAGGGAAGGAAAUUUCCGACGAUCACAAUUCUAGUGGAUUCUGGUGGAGGGAAUUAUCCACCUGAAAAGUAUUUGGAAUUUGGAAAUUGAAUGUGUCUUCAUAGUUGGGGUGCGUAAUAAUGGCAAAUGUUAAUCCUCGUUAUUAAAUGACACUCCAAGGCCAUUUGCUGGAUGAUAAUCUUUUAAUUAAACAUAAUUCUUAUCCCUGGAGUUGGGUUUGGUUCACCUGGGACUGACUCCCUUGAAGGGGUUCAUUCCAAAAUGACUUCACUCGUUUGACGAUCUUCUAUCAACUUUUUCCUUCUCCCAGCGACUGCCACUAGCGUAUAAAAUGUACAUAUUAUAGUUAGCGAUUGGCUCGUCAGAGAUGCUGGAGCAGAGGAGAGAGGGAGUGGACGCCGCGGGCUUUUCUAUUAUCGGUUGCGCGAGAGGGAAUUUCGCCCGAUCCAUUUGCAAGAGGAAACCAGAUAACACAUGCCCGCCAUGUCCAUUUCACUCGACGUUUUGUUUUGUUCAUGAGGUAUUUCAUUGCGAGAGUGACACAAAAAAAUACGUAUCGGAAUUGAGAGGAGAAAUUGCAGCUAUGAAAUUCGACUCCGCCAUUGUUUUCAAAGAGAUUCAUGUUAAAGCUAAACAAGUCAUUGAAAUUAUUUUGUUUCGUGCACUAGCUGAGGAUAUUUGGUUGGUAACAUCCUGUGUAGGAUGUGAAUGAAUAACUUUUGAUCUCGCUGAUGGCGAAGAAAAAUAUAAGCGAUUAUGGGGAAAAAAUGGAUCUUCAUAAGUUCGAUGGAAUUUGGACGCUCACAGUGAAUGUAAUAAAUGUAGUAGAGGUGUCACCGACACUCAAUGUGUUAUUGUGAGAACAACCUUGCGAAGUUAUGGUUUUCGGAAAACUCACAUGGCCUAUCAAUCUACUCUACUAGAUGUUACCGACAGUAAUGGUUGGGUGAGUAACGUAUUGCUCGGGUGGACAUGGAAGCUGAGCCAACGUUUCCUUGGGUUAGUACUUGGAUGGGUGACCGCUUAGGAACACCGCUCGCUCAAAAAAUUGCUGCGCGGAAGGCACCGAUGCAAGAGACGCAAAUGCUUCUAGUCUGUUGGAUUUUCAUAAAAUAAAUAGAGAACAAAAGUCAAUCUUAUUCUCUUCUGAGUGUUGAAAGACAUGUUUAUGGUUUGGAAUUCUGAGAAAUGUGAGGUAUGACAUUUCGGCUUGUUUUUAAGUAUGAAGACAAAGUGAAAUGAAUAGGACUCUUUGAGAGCAUGUGGCUGGAAGGUCCAGGGUUCUAAUAUAGUCAGUGUGACCGAAGGGUACACUAGGACUCUGCACGAUCGAUCGACUGUACGGUCGGGGUCUUCCAUGGUUUCCCUCAGCCCUCGUGCAAAUGCGGUAUGGUUGGGCGUUUCCGCUGCAAAAGUCAGUUCUCUGACAGCGCAGGGGGUGGGAAUAAAAUGUACAGGUGCUAGAGGGUGUACCUGUGGAAAUGAAAAAUUAAAGAAAAUAUCAGCGAUUAGGGGAAAGUAUUUUAAAAAAUCAACGAAAAUUGGUGGUUUUCAACGCACUUUUGGCGGUAGCGAAGAGACGUAAAGCUUUCGAUACUUUUUAACGAUAAUUGAAACGGUAAUUUUUACUGCACCGCUACAGUAAUUUUUAUUUCCAGCAUAGAUUAUAUUUGAUUGAUUCUCGAGAUAGAUGGGAAUAAUCGGAUAAUUUUUAUGUUAAAAGAUCUAACAAUGAACUAUAAGAUGUGCAAUAAUGAAUAAUGCAGAGCCGAGUAAUCCCGAAAUAACGAGCAUAUAUUCGGUGAAAAUUACAUCAGCACGGAAGAUUAUGACUGCGCAGUGUUGCAUAAUCCAAUUAGAAUCCGUAAUGAAUAUUCAAUCAGUCAAUCGUAAUUACCGACACAAUUAAUAAGCCCAAGUAAAGGGGUCAGACCAAGCUCAAAGGGUAAAAGGGGCUUAUACCCUGGCAGAGCUUGACGGGAAGGUGAGUCGCAGAGGGUUGAGCGGGUGAGAGCACUACGUUGUUACUUAGUCCAAUGCAUGGGCGGUCACGAGUGUCACACGUGUUAUACCACUUACCGUCAUAAUGCACGUGAAAACUCGAUUUAGUAAGUUUUUUGCUGUCUAUGCAGCCGAGCAACUCUCAACUGGCUAACCCCCACUACUUUUGUAAUAAGCGGAUGAAGAGGGACGAAGGGGCUUGCACGAGGGUUUCGUUGGUGAGUUGCAGUCGAGGGUUGGAAAACUCACAAUCGAUGGAAACUAGGCUAACCCAAUUAGACGAAACAAAGGCUUUUGGAUGGUAGAAACCAUUUUCUCUGUAUAUGUUUUGAUAGGGUUAGAAGCGUCAAUGUGUGUGAACUGAAUACGAAUCAAUCCAAAUAACUCAGAUCGACGUGUGUCAGGGGGAGUGGGUGCGAGUGGAUCCAUUUGUGAGCGAACGAGAAGUCCGCAAUUCCGAGGAGCAGUCGAUGUAUUUGAAUUUCCCGCUAGGAAUUUGGACACAUGGAGGGAGGGCUGGCCCCCCUCCCAGAGAAAAAGAGACUCCUAGACUCAUAGCCCCCUUUACGGGUCUUGCCCUCAUGUCAAUACGCGCGUGAGCCCUCGCGCAAGGGCUGGAUACAGUGGAAGGGGGGGGGGGGGCUGGGCCCCCCCGCAACAAAAAGUCCAGGGAACGAAGCCUCCCUCCAACAAAAUGAUCUCAUACAUUAAUAACUACUAAAUUUCGUUAUAAAAAUUGUGGAGCAAUAAACUCAUGAUCCACUUUUAUAAAAUGGUAGCAUGAUUUUUAUUAAAAAAUUCUUUCCGUGUGGCUUCUCAACCUCUGCUAUCACUUGGGAUUACCCACGAUAAUGUUCAUCAAUAUUCUUUUCGCUCUGGGAAAUUUAUGCAACCACGAAGAGAAGUCGAAUCCCCCGGAUUUUGCUGCCAAAGCCAGUGAAUACUGUUUACCGCGAGGAUGAAAGAGAUUUCAAGCGCCAGUUGUCCAACGGAGAUUUAACUGAAAAUUGUUGUGACAGAUUUAAAAGGAGGAAAUCGUAUAU